AUGACGAACAUCAAGGUGGCAGUCAUAACCGGCGGCACAAGCGGUAUAGGGCUUGCAGUAGGUAAAGCCCUCGCCCAUCGCGCAGAAUGGCACGUCUACCUUCUGGGAUCGAAGGAAGAACGUGGCCUGCAAGCCACUAAGGAGAUUCCUGAGACCAAAUUCUUAAGGGCGAACGUCAGCGACUACGCCGAUCUCGCGAAGACUUUCGAUGCUAUUUUUAAGCAGACCGGUCGUCUGGACUUUGUCUUUGCCAAUGCAGGGGUUGUAGAGGAGUUCGACUUCUACGCAAGACAGCCCAAGGGGGAAAUGCCUCCUGGAUUGGACCUGACCACAAUCAAUGUAAAUGUGAACGGCGUCAUCUAUGCCAGCUACCUUGCACUUCAGUAUUUCCGGCAAUCACCAGGCCAAGGGAAGGGCUGUUGCUUGGUUGUGACCGGAAGCACGGGGUCUUUCUAUCCCUCAGGCUUCACACCAAUAUAUGCAGCUAGUAAACAUGCGGUGCUUGGUUUCAUGCGUUCCAUUGCCACUCACUUUUUAAGGGACGGCAUUCGAGUCAAUGCUCUGUGCCCUGGAGCGGUGCGGACGAACCUCCUUUCCGAGGAAACUUGGAAGCUAUUUCCGGAUCAACAUCUUGUCCCCAUGGAGGUGGUCGUUAAGAUAGCCCUGGCGUUUGUAGAUGGCGAGGAGAUGGUUGACUCGAAAGGCACCAGAGUUCCCGCAACCGGCCUCCACGGCUGUGCAGUGGAAAUAACCGGUGAGAACUAUUACUUCAGAGACCAGCCAGAAUGGGCCGAUGAUGCGGUCAAAGAAGUGAUGAUGGCAACUAUGGCUCCUAGUGUCAACCAGUGA